UACCGUGGGGAAAAUACCAGCACACAUUCCAAUAAAGGCAAUUAACGAAGGCAACUAACGCAACGAAAGAGAAAAAAAACAAUAGCAGGAUCAGCAAACACAAAACUAUAAACGUGACUUGAUUUCGACGGCUAUAUUAUAUAUGCGCGAGUGCUAGGCUGAUACAGACGCAGCGAGUGCGUUCAAUAGGAGACAACGCAACGCAGUCCGUCGGUUAGACGAGGGCCAACUACAUAUUUUUGCCAAUGCUUCUGAAAACAGAAUACGCAAUAAAAAACUGUGCGCUGACGACCUUGCCCAUUUUGUGAAAAACGGCGGGACAAGCGGAAUAGAAUCCCAAUUUACCAUAAGAGGACUAUUGCAAUCCAAUUGCAUUGAAAAUCAUAACGAUAACGAUUACGACGAAGACGACGACGACGACACACUCACACAUCGAUAAACACCGCUGCUGCUGCAUCCCAAGAUGCCACAGUCGAGAGCCGCUGCCGCUGAGGCGGCCGCUGCUUCCAACUCCGGCGCCCAGCCGCUUGUCAAGAUUGGCCACUAUCUGCUGGGAGCGACGCUCGGCACCGGCACCUUUGGCAAGGUGAAGAUUGGCGAACAUCAAAUCACACGACUCAAGGUCGCCGUCAAGAUUCUCAAUCGUCAGAAGAUCAAGAGCCUCGAUGUGGUGUCCAAAAUCAAACGUGAAAUCCAAAACUUGAAACUCUUCCGGCAUCCGCACAUCAUCAAGCUAUACCAGGUCAUCUCCACACCAUCGGAUAUAUUCAUGAUCAUGGAAUAUGUGAGCGGCGGAGAGUUGUUCGAUUAUAUUGUAAAGCAUGGCAAGCUGCAGGAGCAUCAGGCGCGCCGCUUCUUCCAGCAGAUCAUAUCGGGCGUGGACUACUGCCACAGGCAUAUGAUAGUGCAUCGAGAUCUGAAGCCGGAGAAUCUGCUGCUCGAUCACAAUAUGCACGUGAAGAUCGCCGACUUUGGCCUGUCCAACAUGAUGCUCGAUGGCGAGUUCUUGCGCACGUCUUGCGGCUCACCCAACUAUGCGGCGCCCGAGGUGAUUUCGGGUAAACUGUAUGCCGGUCCGGAGGUGGACAUCUGGUCAUGCGGUGUCAUCCUGUACGCGCUGCUCUGCGGCACUCUGCCGUUCGAUGACGAGCAUGUGCCGUCGCUGUUUCGCAAAAUCAAAUCGGGCAUCUUUCCCAUACCGGAGUACCUGAACAAGCAGGUGGUGAAUCUAGUGUGUCAGAUGCUGCAGGUGGAUCCGCUGAAGCGUGCCACCAUCGAGGAGAUCAAGAAGCACGAGUGGUUCCAGAAGGAUCUGCCCGCCUAUCUCUUCCCCUCGUCCAUUGAGCAGGACUCGAACGUGAUCGACACGUAUGCCGUGGCCGAGGUCUGCACCAAGUUCGGCGUCAAGGAGUCCGAGGUGCACAACUCCCUGCUCAGUGGCGAUCCGCACGACCAGCUGGCCAUCGCCUACCAUCUGAUCAUUGACAACAAGCGCUUUGCGGACGAUGCGGCCACUCAGAUAAGUGAGAUUAACAAUUUUUUUGUGGCCGGCUCGCCGCCACCGCCCACAGCCCAUUCGCCGCACGAGCCGCGCUCGAGUGCCCAGGAGUCGGGCGCACAGGGAGGAGGCGCCACUGUCACCAUCGGCGGCGGCACGGCGGCCAGCUCUGGCACAGCCACGCCCAGCGGCCUGGGUAGCAGUGCUACGCCCACCAUACGGCCACAUCCCGAGCGCAUUGCACCGAUGCGUGAACGCCAGCUGGCCAUGUCCGUGCAGAAUACGGGCGGAGCCGCCUUCCCGGAGAAGACAGCACGCGGCGGCACUCCGAUCAAGCGCGCCAAAUGGCAUCUGGGCAUACGAUCGCAGAGCAAGCCGAACGACAUCAUGCUCGAGGUGUAUCGCGCCAUGAAGGCCCUCAACUACGAGUGGAAGAUCAUCAAUCCGUAUCAUGUGCGUGUCCGGCGCCAGAACGUGAAGACUGGCAAAUAUUCAAAGAUGUCGCUGCAGCUCUACCAGGUGGACCCCAAGAGCUAUCUGCUCGACUUCAAAUCACUGACCAACGACGAAGUCGAACAGGGCGACGAUGUGAUCAUGGAGAGCCUGACGCCGCCGCCAUUGAGUGUGGGUGGCACGAUGCCAGUGCAGCCCACUGGACACCAUACGAUGGAGUUCUUCGAGAUGUGCGCCGCACUCAUCAUACAGCUGGCGCGCUAACGGCCACGCCUACCCAAAAAAAAAUAUAUAAAAAAUACACAAGCGCCUACACAACUAUAAGAUAUGGCAAAUGCAAGAGAGGAGCCAGAGUGCGAGAGUCAGAGACAGAGAGAGAGAGAGAGAGAGAGAGAGAGCGAGAGCGAGAGAGAGAGAGAGAGAGAGAGAGCGAGAGAGAGAAAGAGGAGCGAAAGCGAGCAUUGUAGCUUUGCCAUGUUAAUAUUAUUAUUAUUAUUAUAAUUAUUAUUAUUAUAUAUAUAUAAAUAUAUAUCCCUCUAAUGCCCCUCUACCAACCCUUUACCUACCUACCCCGCAACUCCCCAAACCUAGCAAAUUGUUAAGCAAAGCAAAGCAAAACCAAAAUUUUUCAUGUUGAUAAUGCUUAAGUUUGUUUGUUUUCUUUUUUUUUUUUUAAUAUUUUGUAUUUCUUUUUGUCAAUUUUACAUUUGAUCUAUAUUAAUAUAUACAUUUAUUGUAAUAGCUACUGUAUCAAAAGUCAACAACGACACACACAGAUUGUAUUCAAUAUGUUUUCCCUCUCCCCGUACUUCUGCUAGAUGUGGCCUAAGGCACAGCUAAAGUUACACACAAGCAAACAGAAAAUUUGUUACUCUAACUGUAAUAAGACAAAAGAUGAAAAGUGCAACAAAAUAUAUAUACAAUAUUUCCAUACAAA